UUAAAAUUGAAAAAAAUAUUUAAAUACAUAAUAAAAUAUCCAAAAUGUCGGACAGGCAAUUACAACCACAUAUAAAUAUACCAAUAGAAAUAUCAGAUCAGCCAUUAUUUGAUGAUGCCUUGGUUAAUGUUAAGGAAAUAUUUGUUUCUGAGAUGAAAAGAAUUGACGAGGAGAUGGCAAAAUUCAGCGCUAACCUCAUGGGUAUAUACAGUCAAACCGACACUGCUUUGACCACGUCAAAGGAGAAGCCUGCGAAACAAGUGAACUGGGAACUAUUGAACACUUCCCCCCUUAUCGAGGGCGAGGGAGAGGAUAGGGUGAUCAAGCUGCGGUUCGAUUUGAGCGAUUUUGACCCUACUGAGGUUAACGUAAACGUAAUAAACGAUCUCCUCGAAGUGACAGCAUCCCACGAGAUAAGCGCAGACAACAGGACCACGGUCCGAGAGUACAGGCGCGAGUUCCGCUUGCCCAGGGGAGUGGAGGCGGAGAGGAUAGUGUCCUCACUGACCAGGGAGGGAGUGCUGAUGGUCCAAGCGCCCUUUCCGGAGCAUAGUUUGGCUAUAAAAUAA